AUGGCGGCCCCCAUCACGCCUGCGCCUUCGCAGCCGCUCGUGUGGCAGGCGACGGCGGACGACAUCCAGGGCUCGGCGAUCGACAAGUUUCGCCGCCUGGUCAAUGCACGUCACAACCUCAACCUCACCACGUACCACGAGCUGCACGACUUCUCCAUCAACCGGAUGAGCGACUUCUGGGCGGCCGUGUGGGACUAUGCGGGCAUCCGCGCCUCGGUGCGCUUCGACAAGGUGCUCUCGGAUCCGGAUGCGCUGCCGGGCGAUCUGCCCGAGUGGUUCCCCGGUGCGCGCUUCUCCAUGGCGCAGAACCUGCUCUUCCCGCUCCACCCGUCCAACACGACGUUCUGCUCGCCCAAGGCGCCGUACCACUGGCCGCACGCCAACGCCACCGCGCUCAUCGAGGUGCCCGAGGGUGGCGGUCUGGCCGACUCGGGCCCGAACGCUCAGGCGGCCAACGUGUCCUGGGGCGAGCUCAGAAGGAGGGUGGCGCUGCUCGCAGAGACGUUCCGCAGGAUCGGAGUCAAGAAGGGCGAUCGCCUCGCACAUGUGUCGGCCAACACCGCAUCGCCCAUCGUGGCCACACUGGCGUCCAACAGCGUCGGUGCGAUCUACUCGCUCAUCGCAACCGAUGCGGGGCCGCAGGCGAUCUAUGGCCGACUCGCACAGAUCCGCCCCAAGCUGCUCUUCACCGACGAUGCCGUGCUGUACAACGGCAAGCAGGUCGACAUCCUCGACCGCGUCGCCGGCGUCGCUGAACGGCUCCAGGAGGACGACAAGCUCGACUCGCCGCUCACAUUCCAGGUCGUCAUCAUCCGCAACCGUCGUCUUCCCAACGCAAGCCCCGCGUGGAAGUCGGCCAAAAUCAAGGGCGUCGAGAUGGAAUCCUUUAUUACGCAGACCGGCCUGCAGCUCUCCGACUCGCCCGCACACCGGUUCGAGCAGCUCCCCGCUCAGCAUCCCGUACAGAUCUUCUUUUCAAGCGGCACGACGGGCGAACCAAAGAGUAUCGUUCAUACUCAAGCACUACUUUGCAAUAUGAAGAAAGAGGCGUUGUUGAUGAUGGACUUGCGUCCAAGCGACAAGUUUCUCCAGAUCACGUCGACGGGCUGGAUCAUGUGGGUGUACAACCUCGUUUCGCUCUCGAUGGGUGCAACUGCCGUGCUGUACGAUGGAUCACCCAUGUACCCCAACCCGGCCCACGUCGUUCGUCUCGUCGACCACCUCGACUGCUCCGGCUAUGGUGCUAGCCCGCGCUUCCUCAGCGAGCUCGAGAAGUACUGCUCCGAAAACAGCCUCAGCAUCUCACGCAACCUCAAGCUGCGCAAGUUCCGGCUCAUGACCAGCACCGGUUCGCCGCUGUCGCCCAAGAACGUCGAGUUCUUCUACAACAACUUCCCCAAGUCGGCCCAUCUGUGCAGCAUCUCGGGCGGGACCGACAUGGCUGGCGUGCUCGUUGGCCCAACCAAGAUGCUUCCGCUGUACGGCAACUUUAUCCAGUGCAAGGCGCUUGGAUUCGACAUCCAGGUGUGGGACCCCGAAACGGGCGAGCGCAUCGACGAUACGGGCAAGCCGGGCGAACUCAUCGUCGCCAAACCAUUCCCCACCCAACCGACGGGAUUCUUUGGGCCUCCGGAGCAGAAGCAGGCGCUGUACGAAAAGUACAUGGACUCGUACUACACCCGCUUCCCCGGUCGCAAAGUGUGGGCCCAGGGCGACUUUAUCUACCAAGACACAAUCACCAAAGGCCUCGAGAUCCUAGGCCGUUCCGAUGGCGUUCUCAACCCCAGUGGCGUGCGCUUUGGAUCGGCCGAGAUCUACUCUGUGGUGGAGAAGUUCGAGUUUGUGGGCGACAGUAUCGUUGUGGGUCAGCGACGUGCGGGCAAGGACGAGCACGAGCGCGUGCUGCUCUUUAUCAAGAUGCGCGAGCCCAAUGCCACACUAUCGGCAGCGCAGAUCAGCCAACUCAACCAGGCGAUCAAGAGCGCCUACUCGUCGCGCCACGUUCCCGAACACACGUUCCAGGUCGCCGACAUUCCCGUCACGCUCAACGGCAAAAAGACCGAACUCGCCGUCAAGGCCGUCGUCAACGGCAAUGCCGCCUUCAAACCCUCCAGCGCGACGGCCAAUCCGCAAAGUCUGGAGGAAUACGCUCAGUACGCUGAUCUCGAAGCGGUGCUGGCAAAACGCCGCGCUUCCAAGCUGUAG